UACCGCUGGUAAUUCGCGUGCUCACAUCGGAUAGUAAACAACAGAAAGAACUAAAACUCACCUCAAAAACACGGUUUUUCUCCAAAAAUAACCACCUUUCAAGGAAAUAAAACCAGCCUAUUUAAUAAGUACAUGUUGCCCGAGCUACCAUAGGUUUCAUAGAUCAUGAACUCACUUCUAAGGCUAGUAAAUCGCCGAGCUUCACGUAGCCAGGUUUCUCUUUCUGUUAUUUGUGGACAAAAACGGAGAUUUGUGACUGAAAAUAAGGAAGAAUUAAAGAAAACAGUCCUCCACGACUUCCAUCUUGAACAUGGUGGAAAGAUGGUCCCGUUUUGUGGUUGGUCAAUGCCUGUGCAAUAUAAAGAUGGCGUGCUUCAAUCUCACCUCCAUGCUCGUGAGCAUGCUGUUAUCUUUGAUGUAUCUCACAUGCUUCAGUUCAAGGUUCAUGGUCAAGACAGAGUCAAGUUCUUAGAGAGCCUAGUGGUAGCUGAUAUACAAGGCCUCGCUGAAAAUACUGGGACUUUGUCGUUAUUUACUAAUGAUCAUGGAGGGAUAAAAGACGAUUUGAUUAUAAACAAGAUGGCUAAUGAAUUGUACGUGGUGUCAAAUGCGGGAUGUGCUGAUAAAAUAAAAGCACACUUACAUGAUAGAAUUAAUGCUGUAGGUAAAGAUCAAGAUGUUGCUGUUGAAAUAUUAGAAGACAAAGCCCUAGUAGCCCUGCAAGGGCCCAAGGCAGUAAGUGUGCUUCAAAGUGGAGUGGAUGGUGACCUAUCACAGCUCACCUUUAUGAAUGGAGCYACGACCAGUGUGUUUGGAAUAAAGGGUGUGCGCAUUACAAGAUGUGGGUACACAGGAGAGGAUGGAUUUGAGUUAUCAGUAGACAGGGAACAUGCAAUAGACCUCACCAAUGCUCUCUUGGGCCAUCAAGAAGCUGAAGUCAAACUAGCAGGUCUUGGAGCAAGAGAUAGUUUGCGACUAGAAGCAGGUCUUUGCUUGUACGGUAAUGAUAUUGAUGAGGAUACUACACCUGUUGAAGGAGUGCUUGUAUGGACAAUAGGGAAACGUAGAAGAGCAGAAAGGAAUUUCCCUGGUGCUGACAUCAUUCUGCAGCAGAUCAAAGACAAACCAAAAUGCAGAAGGAUUGGUCUUAUAUCGACAGGUCCACCAGCAAGAGCUGGGACAAAAGUGCUCGAUGAAGAUGGCAAUGAAGUUGGUCAUGUGACAAGUGGUUGUCCUUCUCCAAGCUUAAAGCAAAAUAUAGCCAUGGCUUACAUAGACACUCCGAAGUCUAAAAUAGGAACACCACUACAACUAGCASUAUACAAGAAAAAGAUACCUACCACAGUUGUUAAAAUGCCAUUUGUGCCAACAAAGUACUAUUUUGGAAAGUAGUUUCUCGCUAUCAAUAAUAUGAAAAAUAAUGUUAUCAAAUAAUAUUAUUAUUUUUAUAUUACAAAAUUCAAUGAUACUAACAAAGCAUGCAUUUCAGAGUUAUCUUCACCCCAUCAUCAAGUGUAAAAUAGCUAGAGUUCAAUGUUGCAAUAUAAAGACCACUAGAUUGAAAUUUACAUCCAUAAUUUUGCCCUCAUGAUGUCUGACUGUACAUUCAGUGAUGGUUGUGGCUUUUGAAUGAAUAACAUUUCAUAUAACAAACAAUCAGUUAUCGAACUUCGUUUUGCACUUCUUAAUGAAAAAUUCUUCAUUUCAAAGUUUUUUUUAUGCUGUAGAGUGAUUUUACUUGGCCCAUGAAACAAAGUCAUAUAAUUAGCGACUGACAGUCAAAGUAAAACAAAAGAAGGCAAUGGAAUUAGUGUCUACUACUAUAUAUUACCUUGAUUAUUCUUUCACUGCAAAGUAAAAUCACUCUACCCUGGGAUCCAGAGGUUAUUUAAUAAUUUUUCACUCUGCCGUUUACUGUUUAGACAGAAAACACAGGAAGCGAAUUAGAACUGGCUCUGGAGCCCAGGGUAAAAUCGCUCUAACAGAGCAUAAAAUCCACAAACAAUUUAAAGGGACUUUUACUUGGUUUAUGCCUCUUUUACAAAAAUUAUGUUUCCCUUUCUCUUCAGUCCUUUUCUCUUUUUCCUCUUUCUUCAUUUCCUUUUAUUCCUAUUUUUACUAUUUUCUACCUCUUUACAUUUCAAUUCCUUUGAAACAAGCACAGAGAAAAUGGUUUUAAAUAUUAAAAUUUCAGUUCUUGCUAUACAUUUUAUAAUACUGCACACUGUGGUUUUCAAUAUUCUGAGAACUUGCUUCCUGUGAUGUGCACGCUCAAAUGUUUUAUUUUGCUGGUGACAUUCAAUAUUGAAAGCUGCAGUAAUAAUAUUUGACAUAAUUAAAUUCCAUUCAUGUUCA